AUGAGAGGGAACUUGAUGUUGCAGGAGCUGUUCCAGAAGGUUCGCAGUUUGCUCAACAAACUCACGCCUGAGAAGUUUGACAGACUUGUUUCCCAGGCUGUUGAUGUACCAAACUUCGCCGAGACUUAUGCACGAAUGUGCAAGGUUCUCUCCAGCAUAAAAGUUCCGGCACAGCGUGGGAACAAGGAUGAACCAGAGGUCACCUUCAGGAAGUUGCUGCUAGGUCGAUGCCGGGCCGAAUUUGAAAAGAAUUCUGAAUCAGGCAUAAAUCAAGAAGCCACACAGAAAGAGAUUGAGGAAACAGCAGACCCAGUCCUUAACUUCCUAUAA